AUGGCAUCAGCCCUGUCUCGAGCCCUGAAACUGCCAGGGAAGAAGGGCUCAGAGCUGGGUGACUAUGACCCUCUGACCCAAGCGGACAGUGAAGACGAGAGUGAGGAAGAUGACCUUGUGCUCAGUUAUCCUCGAAACGGCCUGGGUCGGGACAGCGGCCUGACCCCCAGCGGCAGCAGGUCAGGCAGAUUUGUUGGGGCGGUGGAUGAAAUGCUGGAUGAAGACGACUUUGAUGAUGACGACUGGAGAGAGCAUUUGCCGAGCCUGGACGGAGAGGACUCGAAGGACAUGCAGAACAGGGACCAGAGGCGGGGGUCCGGCUCUGUCGUGGGGGGUCGCAGCACGGACAUUGAUGCCAAAAAAUUGAGAAUGAAACACAUUGUUCGCACAGUUGCAUUCCUCGUGCCGUUGGUGUGCGCUACACUGCUGGUGUUGCUUUGUGCGUUUCUUAUUCCCUGUCAGAAAGGAAAACUCCGGCCACAAUGGGAAAGAGCAUUAGGGGAAGCAGGAGGCAUCACUCCUCCAGCUAUGGCAUUGUGGGACGUAAACAAUGAUUCCGAAGGGGAUGUGUUAUUGGGUGUGACUGAAUCGCACAUGCCUGGAAACAAAGUUUACAGUGCGGUGGCUCUGUCUGCUGUAAGUGGACAGAUUAUAUGGAAGAAAGCCACACAUGAGUGGGUGAUGUAUAUCCAAUGCGGCCUGCAGAUCAACGCUCAUAAGUCACAAGUGUGUCUCCUCAUCAGUAAAUCCAUUCUGAUGGCAGUUAAUGGAACAACAGGGGCGACUCUGUGGUCGGUGCCGCUCAAGAACAUUGAAUCGCAGGUGGUUGUUGUCCCAGACCUGGAGGGAGAUCUUAUUCCUGAUCUGCUAAUAGCCACCCUGCCGGCAGACGCUGCUAUGGACCUGUCCUUUACACUGAUUUCUGGAAAAACGGGGGAAAAGCUCGGACGUUCAGUACCGUUUAACAUUUCUGGCCAAGGAAAACUGAUUGGUCCACUGCUGCAUAAGACUAAACAAGAAGCAUAUUAUAUCUUAUUUGGAUUAGGUAACAUCAAAGCGAUAUCUCUGUUUGAGCUCUACAUUCAUGCCAUGGGUGAAAUGCCUUCAAACCAAGAGCUCAGAAAGAAAGAUCCAGGAUGGGAGGGACUCAAAGCCAGAACCAAUUCCUCCACUUUGAUAAACAUUUUUGGAGGACCAGAAGAUGUCACUUUCCUGUAUCCUCAUGUGGUUGGUUACGACAGUAACCAUAACAACCUAAACACACUAUCCGCUCAGGACAGCAUCAGGAGUGACUGGGUUCUGGUGUACGGCUCCAGUAAACUGUCAGUGCUUAGACAGAAGGAUCUUCGCAAGGGAUGGAUCUUCAGCUCUCCUUUUAUUCACAGCCAGCCGACCUCAGGGCAUUUCAAUUCUGAUGGAGUCCUGGACAUUUUACUUCAACAUUCUGCUAAUGGUACCAUGAAGGUGGAGAUUAUUGAUGGAGCUAAUGGUCGUCUCCUGUGGUCGUCAGAGUUCGCUUGUCCUCGUUUGGAUUUAGGAUCUUCUUCAGUUUCCACCACAACAGGGGAAUCAGCAUUCCUCUUCUGGGCCAGUGAACCCAUAAGUGCUCAGAAGAAUGCUACCAAGACGACAGCCCCACCUGGUGCUACAGGAGAACCUCUGAUUAGAAAACUGUUUCUCCUACACCCAGCGUAUCCUACAGUCCUCUUGGAACUGAACAGCACAACUGACACUGCAGUAACUUCAGCAGUGACCUUUGACACACAGCAGGAGGAUGCCUCGUACAUUACAGCUUCUUCACAGCCCACUCCGGGGUCAAGGCCUAUUGCCUGUGUGGUGAAAAUCAUGAGCCUCAAAGCUGCUGUUGCCAAAGCAAACAUCGUCAGACUGAACCAGUACAAGGCUCCGGACGGCCCUAUGAAACCUAGUGCUUUUGAGGUCAACACUUUCUUUAGACGCAUCGCCUUCAAGCGCUGA